CCAGUCCCUUGAGAAGACUCAGACUUGUGAUGUUUCUUUCACGUUUUUCGUGUGGAAUGGAGUUUUUCUCCGAGAGUUUCUGACUGGCGGGUGCGACGCGAGACAGAGAACGCCACGAAGAUUUGGGCGCAAGCGGGCGUGAACAGAAGGAAGAAACUGUGUUUUUCUAACUCUAUGUGGAGGCAGCAAGGGACGCAAAACGCUUCUUCGUCUCUUUUCUUCUCUUUUCUACCGCCGAAAUGCUCACCUGGUCUCACAAAGAUCACACAACACAACCCAGGAGUCCACCCAACUCCGCACGUGGACAUCGACGUCUCGCCUUUGUUUUCAGACAGUUUUCACUCACGUGAAAAACGGCUUUCACACCUUUCAAAUCACACAAAGAGUCACGGCUCCUCGUCUCCUCUGCCAAGACUCUCCUCAAGGAUAACAGCUUUAUUGCCUAUACAAGUAUCCAUUUACAUUUAUGUAUGUAUGUAUAUAUAUAUAUAUAUAUAUCUUGUUUGAGCAGUGGUUUAUGUGGCAGUAUGUGUGUGUGUUGUCUCCUGUCCUUCUUGAGUUGAUGGCCCUCCUUCUUUUGUCCAGAUGUGCAUGACUUUCCACUGGUUCUCUUGUCGCCGAAAGAUCUUUUCCCCCAGCAUUCCACAGAGAAGAAAACGAACGGAUCAGUCACAGGGCUCUUUGAGGGGGUCCGAAACGUUUGACGGUGGUGAAAGGCCAUGGCGCGCAAGCAGAGAGGGCGUUUUUUCUGAAAUUCGAUCGAAGCUGAGAGAUUCUGGGGCUUCUUUCAGAAAGUCUUUUCCGACCGUUUUCCCUACGGCUUCCUUUCUUUACUUGUAGCCACAUUGCCUGUCUCAGUUUGCUAAUUCCUGCACCACACCACCCACGGGAGACGCCAGUUCUUCAAGGACUGUGUUUUGUGCUCUGAGGUAUCUCCGUGUUCACUGCUCUUGCGCGAUUUCUUUUCCUUUCUUUCUCUCUCUCAAUUGCCUAUAAAGCCUGCCGCCCGCCGUCCUUCUCCGAAAAGACUGAAACUCCCGGAGUCGGGUCCAACGGCGAAUCUGAAAGCUCUCUCGGUCGAAGUGUGGACUGGUGUAAUGGAAAUGUACAAGCAUGUCCAUGCAUGUCCGUCACGAGGGAGAUGUAAGCACGGGUAUGCCGUGGCGUGUCUUCACUUUGAAGUUUUCCUUUUUCUGUGUUUUUCUGAUUCGCUCAAAUCUCUCCGGUCUCUGCCUCGUCGUCGAAGGCCAUCCACGAUAAAAAUGUUGGUCUCUUUCGGCCUAUAUUCGGAGUUCCUCGCGGAGACGAGAGAUGAUGCCCUGCACCUUCGGGGGGCUGUUUCCUCAGGAGAGUUGGGGAGAGGAUUUCCAUCUUCAGGCGCUUCUCUUCCAGAGUGGAGUUCGUUGUCGUCUCGCAGAGAAGCCAACACCUCUGAUCCGUCGGUUUCGAGUUUUCUCUUGCGUCACUUGCUUCCACGCGAAGGCGAGUCCUCUCUUUUUUUCAGCCAAGACGAGGCGCAUGCAGUUGGGCCGGAGGGAAGGCUCGAGAGACGCGACAGAAGGUCAAAAACGCAGUCUGAACAGCCACAGGUCGGUGGAACGUGGUGUUUGUCAGAGCAGAGAGACUGGGGAGACGCUAGCCUUGCCUGUCAGCUUUAUGAGGAGGACUUGGCAUUCGCAGCAGCGUCGAGUGCCUCCUCGGCUAGUGCAGGUCUAAACCCCAGAGACGGAGAAAAACCUGAUUUCACAACAUCAGCAUGCUCGCCAGAUCGGGGAGUGAAGCAGAGUGUCGCCGGCGCAGCGAGUCCCUCAGACUCGCUGGAUCCUUCUCAGUUGGCAGACGUGCAAGCCAAAGUCGAUGCAGUGGGUCCAUCUCGCGAUCUGGAGAAUUCGCGGGGGAGAACCUUUCCGGAGACUGGCGGGCCAGGCGGCGUCUGCUCUUCUCAACCCGCGGGCGAAGCAUCCACCCGUGGUCUGGGGUGUUCGGACACCUCCGGUCCCGACGAGUCCGCGGCUGGCGUGGCUCCUUCGCUGGCGUUUCAGCAGGCAGCGAAGAGCGGAGCUCCGCAGCGACGUCCAGAUUUUCAACAGAAUCCAGAGUUGGGGUUUCUCGACAGCGAUGUCCGGCGUCCACUUGUGGCGCCGAGGGAGGAGAGCAAAACCCAGGAGGCUCACCCCAAACCUCCUCUGUCUGAGAGCAGUUUCAGCUGCGGCGAUCAGGGUGACGGAGACGCGUGUCCAUUCUGGUGCGUCUGGACGCGUGGAUGCUUCACGACAAAGCCGGCGUUUUCCGAGUCAAAACGGGCCUCGCUGUUGGAAGAGGCUGAGGCGUUCGUCGCCCGAGCAGCAAGCGGCGCUCUUGCUGUCGCUGCGGGGAAAGCGGCGGACCUGCGUCUCCGGCAGACGCCACGACAUCUUGCUCUCUAUGUCGCGCAAGUCAGCUCCCGCAUGUUCUUCGAUCCACAGUACCGUGCCGAGUUGAUGAACAAAUACGGUUGAAGGUCGCGUGGACGGCCACAGGCCAGUGGGGGCUCCGGGGGGGGGGGGGGGUGGACCACGAAAGUCUUGGUGAAUUGGUCAACGAUUUCUCGUGUUUGCGAACAGCGUAACCCCAUCGGGGGCUUCUGGGAUAGAUCAGAAGUGUCUGUGGCUUCCCCGGUCCAAGUCGAAAGCAGAGGCGGACAGAGGGAAGAGAGAAACAUUUUCUUAUGGGGACUAUGUGCGCUCUGAGUUGAACUCCAGGGGUAGAUCUCGAAAGCCUCAACUGUGGGAUUCAAGAUCUCCUGUGCCUUCCAUGACGGACGUGAAGUCAAGUACACGACCUUUCCGUCUGCUCAAGGGGCUGUGAUUUCGAGGCGGCGGAGCAGCUUCAGCGCCCCCUCUGCUUCACAGAAGAGAAGAGGUCCGCUUUGAGGCGCGACUGGGUUUUUCCUUUCAAGCAAAGGGCAAAUCGGCCUGAAGACUGGAAGCGAAGAAUGAAGAGCGCGAGCGAGCGCGACAGUGCCCACGGCGGCGAACGGCGAAACCAGGCUGAGACGGUCGCAGCAACGGCUUUCAGUGCUGAAACAUUGCUGUUAGAGCAAUUAAACUGAGAACUGCCUCGAAAGUCUGGGAUCUUUGUUCCUGUAAAGGUCCAGGCACUCUUUCAGUGAAGCAGAGGCUGUUGACUGCAACAGGGACACAGGUAAAUGGUAGUGUACGAGGAAUUACCUCGCUACGGGCGGGUACAGAUAUCCGCAGCAACGCAGAAAUAAGUGAUUCUUUUCUCCGUUCCCUCAGGAAAUUCUGGAACGUGCAUGCAGUUCUUCUUGCUUUUCUCAUGCGUCUGAGACUUCUUUUUAAGCGGCAACUUCACGACUGUGUUCCGUCAAAUGUGUUCUUGCCGGCGCGGGUGCGUCCAACGAGAUCCAGCGAGUCGGAUUCCUGGUCCUCAUCUGUCUAUUCGGCGAAGUUUAGUGCAAAUGGAGACUCCACAGCGCGUACGCUCUGGGCGAAUUUGAAGGGACAUGGUUACUA